CAGUACAGGAAUUGACUCGAAUCGGUAGGGGACAGUUGUUGAUGCUACUGCAACAAAACCCAUCAUCUCUCUCUCUUCGGCUUCUGUACUUGUGUUCCUAUUUCCCAGCAGCUAGGGUUUCUGCUUAUCUUUUCACCCAAUUGGAAGUUAUACGCUCCAUUUUUGAUUUCCAAAGCAGAAUCAUCUAUCGCUCCGCGGCUUUUCCGUUUCUGUUUUCUCUAGAAAACUCCGGCAAAGUCUCUGUAUCCAGAGGAAUUUUUCUUUCGCGGAUUGGGGCGAAGCUUCAGCGCCAUUUUGGAGGAGCUGGGAUGGCGAAGACGAAACCCGGGAAGAAGGACCUCGAUUCUUACAGCAUCAAAGGCACCAACAAGAUCGUCAGACCUGGGGAUUGUGUACUAAUGAGACCGGCAGAUACUAAUAAGCCCCCAUAUGUGGCGAGAGUUGAGAAGAUAGAAGCUGAUCACCGGAACAAUGUGAAAGUGCGAGUGCGAUGGUACUAUCGCCCUGAGGAGUCCAUGGGUGGCCGCAGACAGUUUCAUGGGGCCAAGGAGCUAUUUCUAUCAGACCACUAUGAUAUACAGAGUGCACACACAAUUGAAGGAAAGUGCAUAGUGCAUUCUUUCAAGAACUAUACAAAGCUUGAGAAUGUUGGCCCGGAGGACUACUUCUGUAGGUUUGAGUACAAAGCUGCUACUGGAGGGUUCACUCCUGACCGUGUAGCUGUGUAUUGCAAGUGUGAGAUGCCGUAUAACCCUGAUGAUCUCAUGGUACAAUGUGAUGGAUGCAAGGAUUGGUUUCAUCCCUCCUGUAUGGGUAUGACAAUUGAUGAAGCAAAAAAAUUAGAGCAUUUCUUGUGUUCAGAAUGUUCAGCUGAGGACGAGGCUAAGCGGCCAUUAAACUCAUUUCAUGUACCUCCAGCUGUUGAGCCGAAGGUGGAGACUAAACGCAGAAAGAGAUGACCGCUUGAGGCUUCAUAGAAGGGGAUCCAAGUUCUUGCAUAUAAGGGCUCCAGUGUUGUGGAAUUGAAUUCUGUACAGUGAUGAGAAGAUACUGGGCUUUACAAAAAAGUUAGAGGCUUUUGUUAAAAAAAUUUUUGUGGUAACUUUCGAUAUUUAAAAUGCUAGUGUGCCCUAUUCUGGGAUUACAACUUCAAUUCUUGCUGUC